UUCCGGGAUGCGGGCGGGGGGAGUUCCCCGGGCGGUUGUUGCCUGGGCGGCUGACGGGCUCGGAGCGCCAUGGGCGGCGGCGGGCCGAGGGGCUGCCGCCAGUGCCCGCAGGCUCCCUGAUGGCGGCCUUCACCGCCACCAGCCCCAGCAGCAGCAGCAGCGGCGGCGCCGCGCCGGAGGGUCGCGGCGCUGGCGGGGCCCGGUCGGUGCUGGACGAGUUCACCGCCCCGGCCGAGAAGGGCAGCUUCUUGGAGCGCAGCCGCGGCGGCAUCGAGCGCCUCUUCCGCGUGCGCCUGGCCGUCCUGGGGGCGCUAGGCGGCGGGGCCUGGGCGCCCCUGGACGCCGGGCAGCCCCCGCGGGCCGGGCGCAGGAUCUGGCUCAGCCUCCUCGGUGACCGGGAGAGCGUGCGCAGCGCCAAGGAAUACAUUAAAGGACUUUGUGAACCUGAAUUAGAAGAGAGGGAGUACUAUCCCAAAGAUAUGCACUGUAUUUUUGUCGGCGCCCAGAGCCUCUUCUUGAACUGCCUCAUUCAGGAUACCUGUGCCGAUAUCAGCGUUGCAGAGAUAGGGACGCUGAACAUCAAGGGCAGUGCCGAGCCUGUGGUCAUGGCCCGAAGCCACAUUCAGCAGUUUGUGAGUCUCUUCAGAAAUAACGAAAGCCUGCUGAACAGCCGGGAAUCAGAAGUAAAGAAGCAGUUCAAAUACCUCGUUGAGGCCCGUGCAGAUAAGUAUACGAUGGACUUGUUGAUCUUACCCAGCUCACUGAAAAGAGAACUACUCAACCUUGCACGCACCGAGGGUCACAAAGUGAAAGAUACUAUAGAUCUUACUGAGGCUGAUGGGACUCCAGAAGUUUUCCCAAGUGAAAUUAAGAAGCCGUGUGCGGUAAAGUGUGAUUUUGGAACAGGACAGGAGGAAGCACGAAACAAAGCAAGCACUCCGGUCACUGAGCUAACAAAGCAAAUGGACACGGUCUUCCCUCACAGCCCGGAAAGGCAUUUUGUGCCGAUAAAUGGGCUGACUUCACUAGAGGCAUCUGUAGGCAAAGAGAGGCAGUCGUGUAAAAGGAGAUCUUCAGAAUCUGAGGACAGGCUUCCAAAGAAACAGUUUUCUCUGGAAAACGUUCAGGAGAGCAAACAGGCGGUGUGUGGUGCACCUGGUGGUGUGGUGGUGAUCAAUUUGGCUGCCAACCGAAGGGACGAGUCACAUGAACCAAGCUCAGGCCCGAAAGAAGGUGAGGAGAUAAGCGACGAAAUGGAAUACAAGAUUUUGGUCAACUUUUUCAAAAGCAUGGGCUAUUCACAACGAAUUGUCGAGAAAGUGAUUGGCCAAUACGGACAAUUGGCAGAACCCCUCCUGCUCCUGGAAGAAAUUGUCAAAGAGAGUAACAAGUCCUCCAAAGCAGAAGAGAGUUCUACUGUUGCACCUCGGGCAACUGGAACGCAAGCCGGGAAAGUUAAAGACAGUCCCAGCAACAAACACCACCAUGGCCCGGCCCGUAAUUUAGAGGAGCCAAAACAUGCAAAACUCAGCGUGAUACCUUUUCCUGAGUCACAGUACAAGACUGAAAGCAAACUGCGCUUGGCACACAGUGACAAUAAAACUGCUCUUCCUUGUGACAAAAAUCCACCAUGCAAAGAUCACCACGGUCACGCACGCUUGAAUUAUUGUUCUGAACUGUCUCACAUUUCCCAAACGAGUGAUAUAGAAAGCGAUGGUCAUGUGAAAGCAUGUGAUAAAUCCCAGGGGUUAAAGUUAACAAAAGAGUGGAAACCCAAAGAUACCAGCUUGGUAGCAAGAGGGACUGUGGAGACCUCAUGCCAGCCAAUUCAGAAAGAGACUCUGGUGGCUCAAACUUGUGCUGAUCAAUUGGCCACGAAGCGGGAUCAGAAGGGCCCGGGUGACCCUUUGCAGCUCAGAGUCAGGCAGCUGCCUUCUCAAAAGGCAAAUCUUCCUGAACAUCAGUUCUUGGACCCCAUACACCCUCCCCAGCAAACCGCUCCUUAUCCAGAAAGGAGACCGCAGGGAUCGUACAGUCAUCACACCGAUCCGUCAGUCACCGGGGUUCAGAGGUUUUUGGAAUCUUUGAAAAAGCCUUACAAGCUGGAAUUGAAAAACGAGCCAGGCAGAGCACACUUAAAGCAUAUCAUAAUAGACGGCAGCAAUGUUGCGAUCGCUCACGGUCUUAAAAAGUUCUUCUCUUGUCGAGGAAUUGCAAUUGCAGUCGAGUAUUUCUGGAAGCGUGGCCACCGAAGGAUUACUGUGUUUGUCCCGCAGUGGCGAACAAAGCGGGACCCUUCCAUCACAGAACAGCACUUCUUGACCCAGCUCCAGGAUGUUGGUAUUUUGGCCCUCACCCCUGCAAGGGUUGUAUUGGGAGCCAGGAUUGCUUCUCAUGAUGAUCGGUUUUUGCUACAUCUUGCUGAGAAAACUGAAGGGGUGAUCGUUACCAAUGAUAAUCUGAGAGAGUUUGUGGAUGAAUCAACAUCCUGGAGGGAAAUUAUUCAAAAGAGGCUGCUCCAGUACACUUUUGUCGGGGACAUCUUUAUGGUUCCUGAUGAUCCAAUGGGGCGGAAAGGACCGGGAUUAGAAAGCUUCCUUCAAGAUGAACCCCGUGUCAGGGGCGUCCCGUCGCAUGCUGGCCCGGCAAGCAGAGGACUUCCUGCUUCUGGGACAUCCCACUUCCUGAUGCAGCCCAAUGGCAGCGAACCGUUGGCAAGCAGCUCAUUGUCCGGCCUCUUGCCUGCCUCCUCUCCGUUCCCGUCGCCACCCCUGCCUAUCGCGGCCCUUCCCCCACACCCAAGAUCUGCUGCAGAAACAAACCACUUAAAAGAAGCCUUGAAAAAAAUAUUCCCUACCUCUGAGCAGAGGGCAAAGAUCGGGGAGAUACUUGCUCAGCAUCCUCACAUGAGAGACAUGAAUGCGCUGUCUGCCCUGGUGCUCGACUUAGGAUGACGGAGCCCAACUGAGAACCCUCCAGUUUGCAGUUUGGAUUGUUAAUAUAAAGAUGGUUCUAAGCUGGUGCCAGGCCAUCUGUGAAUAGUCAGAGCUUAAUCCUUUUGUAUAAAACAAUUGCAGAUAUCCAAAGGAUAUGCAGAUGCCAGCUUCUCCUUUUUUCCCUCCCCUCGUUUGUUUAAAUUAUAUUGCUUUUAUGAAUUUG